ACCUUCCUUCCCCUGCUCGAUCUCUUCGCACGCGAGCCACCAGGCGGCCGGAGCUGUUGCCAUCGCCUGAUUGGCGAUCGCACGUGCGUGCGGCGGCGCGGAUGGAGCAGCAAAUCCAUCCCUCGCCCCCUUUGAUUCUGAUCCCUGCAGUCCGCAACGGGCAUCAGGCAUCGAUGCAAUCUCCAAGCCACAGCCCACAGAUUCAGGGACAUGGUUUUCUUUUCGUACUGUCCAGCAGGCUGCAGUACAAAGGUACAAGACUAAGAGUCUUGGUUUCGGUGGUGGUGAAUCGUGAUCUGGCCUUGCCGGAGAUUUGUAGAUUGAACCGGACAGGAACAAAGAGACGACGAGCAAAGCCUAAAAGCGGAAAUGAGAAUAUAAUUGAGGAGAGCAAUGUUACCACCAAUAUUGGUCAUGAUGCCAUUGGCUGCAAGAGACCAAAAAGAGAAGUUGCCCGUUCGAAUUUCAGUGAGAAGGCACUUGAAUUAUCUGAAGAAGAUUCACUUGUCACACCCAAGAAAAUCAGAAUUGAGGAGGAAACGGAGGCAGUUAUGUUGACAAGAACAGGAAUCAAUUAUGUACUAUGUGAGGCUCGACCAGGUGCUUCGUCCGCGUCCUCUACCGGCCAUCGGUGUUUUCUACCUUGCUCAAGUGCUCCCAACCCGACGCCGUGCUUUUUCCGUCCGGAUCUUUGCUUUGGAUCAAGGAUAUAG